AUGCGCUGUGCAGUUGGUUGUUGCAAUAGUGACAAUAAAGAUAAAACUUUAAGAUUUCAUACGUUUCCUAAAGAUAGUGUGGCCAGGAAAUUGUGGAUAAUAGCCUGUUGUAGACAGGAUAAUUUAAAUUGCAAUACUGCAAGAAUUUGUUCCAAACAUUUCAAAACUGAAGAUUUCCAAAGAAAUCUACAACACGAACUUUUAAAUUAUGAAUCCAAAAAGGGUCCAAAACUCAAACCUGAGGCAGUACCUACACUGUAUCUACCUAAAACUAAAUCCGCUACCCUUUCAGCCAUCCAAAAGAAACGGGUACAAAGAGCUGAACAUAGAGAGUCCAAAAAUAUUGUUGAGCAACUUCUGACUACUUCUGAGUCAACAACCCAACUCCAAGUUCGAGUUCAGGAAGAACAAUGUAGCCAAGCUGAUAUUAAAGAUUACUAUCUACAUCUAAGUCAAUAG